AUGACUUAUCCCUUGGAAUCGAUCAGGAGUCUCAGUCAUCUCCUUUGCACCACCAGUCUCAUUCAUCCCCUUCAUACUAUCAGUCUCAGUCAUCCCCUUCAUACUAUCAGUCUCAGUCAUCCCCUUUGUACUACCAGUCUCAGUCAUCUCUUUUGCACCACCAGUCUCAGUCAUCCCCUUCGUACUAUCAGUCUCAGUCAUCCCCUUCAUACUAUCAGUCUCAGUCAUCCCCUUUGUACUACCAGUCUCAGUCAUCUCCUUUACACCACCAGUCUCAGUCAUCCCCUUUCCACUAACAGUCUCAGUCAUCCCCUUCAUACUAUCAGUCUCAGUCAUCCCCUUCAUACUAUCAGUCUCGGUCAUCCCCUUCAUACUAUCAGUCUCAGUCGUCCCCUAAUUUGCACUUACAGUCUCAGUCAUCCCCUUCGCACAUAG